CACUUCCUGUUGUCAUCAUGGCUACUGCUGCGGCUCCUGUCAGUCCAGAUCAGCCGGGGAAAAGCGCUUCUCCGCCGGUUCUGCUGGAUCUUUCUCAACCCCCCGUCAUCGAGGGCUUCAGUCCUACUUCGCGAACUAGAGAGGAGGGUUUCAAGGACAAAUUCAUCAGGAAAACCAAGGAGAACCCGUUCGUUCCUAUAGGUUGUUUGGGAACAGCAGGAGCUCUCAUCUACGGCCUCGGAGCCUUCAAACAGGGAAAAACCCGUCAGUCUCAGCUGCUGAUGAGGACUCGUAUCUUCGCUCAAGGCUUCACCGUGGUGGCCAUUAUAGUAGGUGUAGCUGCUACAGCGCUGAAGGCCAAACCGUGAAACAACCCAAAAAACACACUGAUUGACCACUGAUGGGCCUUAUGGCUGAAAAAUGACGCCAAUGUGGAAUUCAGAGCAUUUAUAUUAUAGUAAGAAGAAGGUGGCGGUGUUUAUACACUUCAUGUGCCACUCCUGAAAUGCAUUUAAUGCCCAGUAUUUAUCGUUAAGCGGUAAAAAAGCGGCCUCUUUUUGUCUGCUUUUCCAUAUUGAUGACUAGUGCAUUGUUUUUUUUAUCAUCAUGCCUGUGUAUUUAGAAGUGUGGUGUAAAAUAUGCAAAUAUAAUAAUUGCAUUUAGCUUAUAAGGGAUAAAUGCAAGUCUCGUUUCUUUAUUAAUAAUAAUACAUUAAAAAAGUCACAAUAAAAGGCUGAGUUCAA